GCGUUUGCGCUGCGCGUUCAGUCGACUUGCAGCCGGUGCCAUCGCGCAGACCGUUACCGCGCGCGUCCGUUGCCGCGCCAAAUUCAAAUUCAGAACUUCAAACUUUAUUUUUUAUAAAGUGACCAGUGGUGACAGUUCUGUGUUCUUUUUUAUAUUUUUUAAAAAGGAUUCUUGUGUAGCAUGCUGCUGUGAAAAUGGGGCCUAUUAGUAUAAGAUCGCUGCUCGUCGCGGUCGUCGUCAUAUGUGACUGUAUCACGUGGACAGCCUCUAGACACCAUUACACACAUAAUGUCUCCGGGCACCGAAGCCGCCACAGAAGACAAGGCGCAGGCCUAUACCUGCCAGCUUCGUACGUGAUCCCCGGGGGCGAAGGCGGCGGCGCCUGGGGCGAGUGGGGCGAAGUCUCUGCCUGCUCCCGGACCUGCGGCGGAGGCGUCGCCAGCCAAAAGAGGAUAUGUCUCGAAGUCGAACCAGAUGGAAGGUCACGGUGUACGGGUGGAGACACGAAGUACUUCUCGUGUCAGACCCAGGACUGCCCCGAGGGAUCCCCGGACUUCAGACACGAACAGUGUGCCCAACAUGACAGCGAGGUCUUCAGAGGAGUGCGCUACAAUUGGGUGCCGUACACGAAGGCUGCGAAUCCUUGCGAGUUGAACUGUAUGCCGAAGGGCGAGAGGUUCUACUACAGGCACGCUGCCAAGGCAAUCGACGGAACCAGGUGCAACGACGAGUCCUUCGAUGUCUGCGUCGAUGGCGUUUGUCAGCCUGUGGGUUGCGAUAUGAUGCUGGGUUCCAACGCGCGCGAGGACAAGUGCCGCGAGUGCCGCGGGAACAAUACCAACUGCCACACCAUCACCGGGCUCAUCCCGCCAGAACAGGAGCUCAGGAAAGGUUACAACGACAUUCUGUUGAUUCCACAAGGUGCUACAAGUAUCGAAAUUGCUGAAGUUAGGAACUCCAAUAACUACCUCGCAUUACGAUCAAAGCGCGACAACGUGUACUACCUAAACGGGGACUACCACAUCGACUUCCCCCGCACGCUGCUCAUCGCCGGCGCGCUGUGGCACUACGAACGCAGCCAGCAAGGGUUCGCGGCACCAGACAAGCUGCGCUGCCAGGGACCCACCAACGAGUCGCUUUAUCUCUCUAUCCUCCUGCAAGAUGAGAACGUGGGUAUCAAGUACGAGUACAGCAUCCCCUCGUCCAUGGCGCCGCCUCCCAACCAGCAGUACAACUGGGUCCACGACGACUUCUCUGCUUGCAGCGCCACCUGUGGUGGAGGCUUUCAAACCCGAACCGUUACCUGCCGCUCUCGCGAAGACCUGGAGGUAGUAGACGACAGUCUAUGCGACGACGGUCUGAAGCCUCCAACCAAUCAGACAUGUAACGCUCAGCCCUGCGCCGCGCGCUGGGUCGAGGGCCCGUGGAGCCCCUGCACUAAACCCUGCGGUGAAGGAGGCACCAGGUCUCGACAGGUGCAUUGUGAGAAGAUCAUCACUAACGGGUAUCCCUCGAUAGUGGCGGACAAGGAAUGCUUCGAGCUGCUCGGUCCAAAGCCGGAGCUGUACCAGGAGUGCAACAAGGAGGCUGCGUGUCCGUUGUGGUAUACUGGACCUUGGAAACCAUGCGACAAACUAUGCGGCGAAGGCAAACAGACUCGCCAAGUGCUGUGCUACCAGAAGGAUGAGAGGGGCCGCGUGGAGGUAUUGACUGACGCCGACUGCACCGAUGAGAAGCCUCCCGCGGAACAACCCUGCAUCCUGCAUCCUUGCGAUGGAGUCGACUGGGUGCUUUCCGACUGGGGCGGAUGUGACAACUGCCUGUCGAAACUACGAUCCCGAUCGGCGAUAUGCGUGACCAAAGACCAGAAGGUGGUGAACGACAGCUUCUGCGCGUACCACCCGGCGCCCGUGCUGGAGGAGGAGUGUGACCGCACCAAGCUGCCGGCGUGUGAGGUGCAGUGGUACGCCACGCAGUGGAGCAAUUGUUCAGCACAGUGCGGCAAAGGAGUUCAGACUCGUCGCGUGUUCUGUGGUCUGUUCGACGGGUCGUCUGUGGUGAAGGUGGAUGACGAUCGUUGUGAUAAAGAUGACAAGUACAACGAUACCAAGCCCUGUGAGAUACCGCCAGAGAAGUGCCCCGCCAAGUGGUACGCCGGACCUUGGUCUGAGUGCACCGAGCCAUGUGGAGGGGGCGAGCAGUACCGACGUGUGAUGUGCCUGAUGGGAGGUGAACCGUCCAGCGCCUGCGAUGGCGAGACCUUCCUCGACUCCACUCAAUCCUGCAACAAAGAACCUUGCAACAAAGAUGAAAUAAUUCCUGUCGACUCGAAAUCUACGCCGAUAAUGGACGAAGACUAUGACGAUGAAGACUGUGAAGAAGAAGAAGAUUACGGUGAAGUUGGAGCCGAGGAGGAAGAAGGCACCACGCCUGAAGACGAAUUUAUGUUCAGUGACAGUCCUUCGACAUACGAAGGUUCAGGAUCUACUGCAUUUACUGAAAUCGAAUCGGAAUUCACGGAAGGAUCUGGAUCAGAACCUACUGAAUCUAGCAUAUCGGAAUCGUCAGGCUCUGAGCCAACUGAAUCAACAGACACAGGCGAGACCACAGAGACAGGUGAGACCACAGAGUCAGGCGAAACCACAGAAACGGGCGAGACAGAAUCGACCUUGUCGACAGAGUCUUCUGGUACAAGCGAAACAGAAACAACAGAAUCUCCUGGAAGCACAGAGUCAGCAUCAGAGUCGGGUCCUACAUCGGAGUCAUCGGCGACAGAUGAAUCAUCGGAAACUUCAGGGUCAGACGGCACCACAGAAUCCUCUGGAACUUCAGAAUCAUCAGAGACGUCCGAAACAUCAGAAUCGCCUGGUUCGACGGCAAGUGGAGAGACCUCCGAAUCAGACUCCACGGACUUAUCCAGCACGACGGAGUCGUCAGGUUCAACAGAGAGUAGCACUGAAAGCUCUGAUGCUAGCAGCACGUCAGAAUCCAGCUCUAGUUCAACCGACAACACUGAAACCACGGAAUCAGACACAGCAGAGUCUGAAACAGGUUCAACAGAUCUCAGCUCUACUGAGUUUAGCACUACAGAGUCAGGGAGCACCGAGUCCAGCACGGAUGUUAGCGGUACUUCGGAAUCUGGAUCUACUGAUGAGACGACGGAAUCUGGAUCUACGGAAUCAUCUGAUACUGAAGGAGCAACCAUGGAAAGUGAAACUGGAUCUACAGAAACCGAAAUUACCGAAAGCACAGUAUCUGGCGAGACCACAGAAUCUGGUGCUUCUACCGAGUCUGGUCCUACGACUGAAAGCGGACCUACUAGCGAAUCAGGUCCUACAAGUGAAUCCGGUCCCACGAGCGAAUCUGGAGAAACGACAGAAUCUGGCGCUUCAACCGAAUCAGGAGAAACCACUGAAUCAGGGGAAACCACUGAAUCUGGCGAAACUACUGAAUCUGGACUUACGACUGAAUCCGGACCAACAACUGAAACUGGUAGCACAGAAUCUGAAGCAACAGAAAGUACACUGGAAUCUUCAUCAACAACUGAGGAAUCUUCGUCAACGGAAUGGAGCUGGUCAUCUACCAUCGACACGUUCGCAACGACGAGGAAACCUCGAUGCAAGGCGAGGAAGAAGUCCAAGUGCCUCAAGAGCAAGUUUGGAUGUUGCCCCGACAAGAGGACGCCAGCUGCUGGGCCUUUCGAUGAAGGUUGUCCGAAUCCCAAGACCUGUAAGGAAUCCAAACACGGUUGCUGUCCGGAUGGUGUUUCCCCCGCCACUGGACCGAAGCAUGAAGGCUGCCCCACCGUCCCGUGCAAAGAGACUCUAUUUGGAUGCUGCAAGUCUGACAAUAAGACGCCAGCGGAGGGCAACGACCAGGAAGGUUGCCCGCCACCACCACCGCCUUGCAAAUCUUCCAAAUUUGGUUGUUGCAAAGAUGGAAAGACUGAAGCUAAAGGGCCAAAGAAGAAGGGAUGUCCUGAGACAGAAGCAAAGAAACCGAAGAAGGGUUGUGAGCGCUCCAAAUUUGGUUGCUGCUAUGACAAUAAGACAGAAGCGACCGGUCCCAAUGGUGAAGGAUGUCCUUGCGACGCUACUGAAUUCGGCUGCUGUCCUGAUGGUGUUUCACCGGCUCUUGGCGCAGAAUUGGAAGGCUGUGUGAUGUCCUGUAACACUUCUGCUCACGGUUGCUGCCCCGAUGGAGAGACGCCAGCUCACGGUCCAGACAACGAAGGUUGCUGCUUGCUGUACGCCUUCGGGUGCUGCCCAGACAACUAUCGACCCGCUGACGGACCGCAUCUCGAAGGUUGUGGCUGCCAGUACGCGAGAUUCGGUUGCUGCCCAGACAACGUCACCGUCGCCCGUGGACAGAACAAGGAGGGUUGCGGAUGCCAGUACACAGAACAUGGAUGUUGCCCUGACAGACACACCGAAGCUUCCGGCCCAGACUUUGAAGGCUGCGGUUGCCACACUUACCAAUUCGGUUGUUGUCCGGACGGAUCCACGAUCGCUAAGGGCCCCAAUCUACAAGGUUGCCACUGCCAGCAAUCCAAGUACGGUUGCUGCGGAGACGGCCAGACGGCGGCGGCCGGGCCGGACCAGGCUGGCUGCGACUGCUCCUCCAGCAAGUACGGAUGCUGCCCUGACGGACAAACCGAGGCGAAAGGAGAGAAGUUCUUGGGAUGCACUGAUGUUCCUGAGAAUAGACAAGCUGCCUGCAGUCUGUCGACGGACCGUGGUUCUUGCCGCAACUACUCGGUCUACUGGUAUUAUGACAUGGAAUACGGCGGUUGUUCUCGCUUCUGGUACGGAGGGUGUGAAGGCAACGGCAAUCGGUUCUCUAGCAAGGAAGAGUGUGAGGAUGUGUGCGUCCAACCACCACCCAAGGAUGCCUGCAAGCUACCAAAGGUCAAGGGCGCAUGCCAGGGCUACCAUCUGCGCUGGUACUACGACUCUGUUCGCGAACAGUGCGGGCAGUUCAUAUUCGGAGGCUGCCUCGGCAAUGCCAACAACUACGAGAGCCGGGAACUAUGCCAGGAGCGGUGCGAGCCUGCUAGGAGUGAUGACCAAUGCAAGCUGCCAAUCGACCGGGGCUCUUGUGCCGGCAACUUUGGUCGCUGGGGCUUCAACUCGGAGACGGGCCGCUGCGAGCAGUUCAUCUGGGGAGGAUGUGAGGGCAACGCAAACAGAUUUGGAUCUGAAGCCGCUUGUGUCAUGCGCUGCGACCCGCCGGGCGCGCUCAAACCCGCAUGCACGGAGCCGCAGGAGGUCGGCAACUGCACGGAGAAGCAAGCGUUGUGGUCGUUCAGCCAAUCGGAGAACCGCUGCGUGCCGUUCUACUACACCGGCUGCGGAGGCAACGGCAAUAGGUUCGACUCCGAAGAACGCUGCAUGGAGUCUUGUCCCAGUGCUUAUGUGCAAGACGUAUGCACGCUACCAGCUGUCACUGGAGAAUGCGCAGACUACAGGGAGCGAUGGUACUACGACACUGCUGAGAAGAGAUGCUCUCGAUUCUUCUACGGCGGCUGCGGCGGCAACGGCAACAGUUUCGCCACAGAGCAGGAGUGCCAGAACCGCUGCCAGGAGCGACAGCUCACCACCACCGCGGCGCCUCCGCAGGAACCCGAGCCGUUUAGACAAGAAUUCUGCUUCCUGGAGAAGGACCCAGGCCCGUGCAGUCAGUUGGAGACGCGUUGGGCGUACGACGCGUCCCUCGGCGCAUGCGCAACGUUCGACUACGGCGGCUGCGGCGGCAAUAGGAACAACUUCCCCUCCGAGGAGUACUGCCAGUACUACUGCAAACAGACACAGGACAUCUGCCAACUGCCGAUGCGUGCGGGACCGUGUUAUGCCUCUAUAAUGCGGUUCUUCUACGACCCCGUCACCGACUCCUGCAGCCAGUUCACCUAUGGAGGCUGCGAUGGCAAUGGCAAUAACUUCGGGAGCCUGGAGGACUGUGAGAGACGAUGCAGGACCAGCGCACCAGCCACCACUACUACUGUUGCUCCAGCCACUCCGCCUCAGCCAGAGCUCCCGAGAGAAUGCUACGCCCCUCAACAGCUGGAGGAGUGUGCGGGUGAGGGCGAGGUGUGGUACUUCGACCAGGCGCGGCAGGACUGCGUGGUGCAUCAGAACCUGGACGCGGGACCGUAUUGUAGGAGUACUGGUGUCUUCAGCUCUGAGGAAGCCUGCCUCAGGAGUUGCGGCGUUUUCAGAGAUCUUGAUGUGUGCCGGUAUCCUCUGGACCCUGGCCCGUGUCGCGCCGCCAUCCCCAAGUUCUUCUUCGACCCCGUCACGAGCCGCUGUGAGCCGUUCACAUACGGCGGCUGCCACGGCGGACCUAACCGCUUCUCUACUGCUGAGGAGUGUGACAGAGUCUGCAAACCUGAGACUGAUCCGUGCAAGCAGCGCCCGGAGCCGGGCAACUGUCUUGGCUACGAGGUGAAGUGGUACUUCGACGACUCGCGCGACCUCUGCAACCAGUUCGCCUACACCGGAUGCGACGGCAAUGACAACAGGUUCGACAGUCAAGCGGACUGUGAAGGAAGAUGCAGGAAAGGACAGCCAGCAGAGGCGACUACAACUCCGGCUGCACCACCACCACAGCCGUCUGUGGGAGAAGAAUGUCGCACGCCAGCCUCCCUGGAACCAUGCGGCGCCAACGUGACAGCGUUCUACUACGACGAGCGCUCGCGCAGCUGCCAGGGCGCGUACAUCGGCGGCUGCGGCAUCCUCAACCGGUAUCGCACUGAGGAGGAGUGCGAGCGACGGUGCGGAGCCUUCCAAGGGAUUGACGUGUGCGCAUCUCCUCUCGACCCUGGUCCAUGCAGAGGAGCGUUCCCGAAGUUCUACUACGACUCUGUGACGAGCCGCUGCGAGCCGUUCUCAUACGGCGGCUGCCACGGCGGACCCAACCGCUUCUCCACCGAGGAUGAAUGCGAGGAAGUCUGUGGAGCUGCUCCAGACACGAACGAAGUGAUCCCAUCCAACUGCGACCGCUAUGUGGAGGAAUGCCGCACAAUCCAGUGCCAGUACAGCGUCCAGCGUACGCGCACAGCUGACGGCUGCGAGCGGUGCUCCUGUGUUCAAGUAGAGAUCGACUGCGAGCCACUACGGCAGGAGUGCGAGAGGCUCAAGUGCACUUAUGGCAUGGAGAGGGCUGUUGGCGACGACGGAUGCGAGAGAUGCCGCUGCAUCGACCACCCAUGCGCCGGCAAGCAGUGCCCGGCUGGCGAGCGCUGCGUGGCUAACGCUUACCGCGACCCGCUCACACAGGACGCCAGAUACGCCGCCGAUUGCAGAACAAUGAACAAGCCAGGGCAAUGCCCAGCGGAGCUGACAACGGAAGGCGGCGCGUGUCGACGAGAGUGUAAUGACGACGCGGACUGUCGCGGCGCCGGCAAGUGCUGCUCCGCUGGCUGCAGCCAGCUGUGUCUGGAACCAGCCACGCCCACCAGCCCCGCGCCACGGACCACCGCAUAUGUUCCUGAGCUACCACAAGCGCCGCAAGCCAACCCCGAGACGGAGCCGCAAGUGACGUCAGAGGAAGGCGGCCUCGCAACCCUAAGGUGUCUGUUCCACGGCAACCCGCCGCCCAAGAUCACCUGGAGACGCGGAGAGAUCACCAUCGACGGCACAGUAGGCCGCUACAGGCUCCUCUCAGACGGGGCGCUGGAGAUCGUGUCUCUAUACCGCAACGACUCGGGAGUAUAUAUCUGCGUGGCAGACAACGGCCUGGGCACCGCGCGACAGGAGGUGCGACUACAGGUUAAUGAUCCGGUGGAGGGCCCAGCUGGGAUAUCUGGAGAGCCGAGUGCUGUUGUGACGGGUGAGCUGGGGCGCAGCCUCAACCUGCGCUGCCUGUCGUACGGGUACCCCACGCCCGCCAUCUACUGGUACCGCGGAGUCACCGGCCCCAUGGUGCCCUUCAGCAGCACGCUCUACGAGGCCAGAGGAAACGUGCUGCAAAUACGAGUGCUCAAUUCCGAGACGCUAGGAGAGUACGCGUGCCAGGCGUACAACGGGAUAGGCAAGCCGGCGUCAUGGUCGGUGGUGGUGCAGGCGUACCGCCCCGCCGGCGGGGCCGACGGGCCGUGGCUAGUGCCGCGCGAGCAGGAGGUGCUGGUCACCCCGCGGCAGCCGCACACCGAGCCCGCCACCACGCCGCCGCCUGAGGUCGAGGUCCCCGUCUACACCGUCCCGGUGAGCACGCGCAUCGUGAUGGCGAGCUCGACGGUGGCGCCGGGGUCGGAGCUGAGCAUCCCGUGCGAGGUGGACGGCUACCCCACGCCCGACGUGUACUGGAGUAAGGACGGCGCCCGGCUGGCCAACACCGACCGCAUACAACUCACUGAAGCACGCCUGACGAUCCAGAACGUGGCGGUGUCGGACAGUGGAACGUACGGUUGCCACGCCAGCAACGCUUUCAGCUCACACUACUCCACCGUGUCCAUCAGUGUGCAAGGUAUAUACGUCCCGGCCAAAUGCACCGACAAUCCAUUCUUCGCCAACUGCAACCUGAUCGUACGCAGCAAGUUCUGUCAUCACAAAUAUUACUCCAAGUUCUGCUGCAAGUCGUGUGUGGAGGCUGGCCAGCUGAACGCGCAGGAUCUAGAGAUGCAGGCAGACGAGUCCUGGAGGAAGAAGUAGUUACCACCCGCUGCUGGGACCACAUGCCCACAGCUGGGUCCGUGGGGACGUACUGGACGGUGACCACUGCUCACAUUUGAAGUUUUCACACGCAAGAUGGCAGUGGAAUGGGAAGAUUUGUAACUGUUCUACUCCUUUAGUUUUAAGGUUCCUUAGCAUGACAAUGACUAAGAUUGGUCAGAUAUGGAUAGUGACACAUCAGACCAGACCAAGGUUGAUUAUUCCAAUUUCACUGAAAGUAGCAACAUUUUUUAUUUUUUAUUCAGAAGUAAUCUUAUCUUCCCGUUUUGCUCGUGUCUUUCCUGUGUGGACAGUCAAUGUAAUGUUUUAUUGUGUUAUAAGUUGUAUCGGUAGUGUCAACUAAAAUAUAUAUUAAUUUUAUAGUAUUUUAAUAGAAAUCCAGGUGAUAAGUUGCAAUAGGUUCGAUGUCACCGAGUGCCAUAAAUAUUUCAGCAUUUAGAAAAAAAUCUAAAGUGUAUUUUUGUAUUUGUUUUGUGGUUUGAUGUUAAGUGGAAUCUCAAGGUGCACAUCUGUUAUACCAUAGAUAUACUGUAGAUAUAUUUACGCAGAAACGGUUAUGUAAAUAAAUAUUUUAAUGUCACAAAUAGCUCCAUCUGUGAUGGAAGGUAAUGCUAAAUGCUAAUGAUAAAACACUAGUUAUUCGAGUAUCAGACUCACUUGCAUCAACGUUCGUGCAUGUAUGGCGUUACUAAUGUCUUCCAGGUGUUUGGACAAACUUUUAUUGUAUUUGGUGAAAAUUGAUUAGAAAAUGUUGAUGGAAGUGGGCCUCAGUGUGUAGGAAAUAAAUUAUUUAUUUCAUAAGGUGUUUAUAGAGGAACGCUUAGUGAACGAGUAGUAUUGUAGCAUAAGCGUAAGCUAGUGGCGAGGCUAGAGUAUCCCGAGUCAUAAUAAUAUGGAUAAGGCAAUUUAUAUUGUGACAUUGUAAAUAGAAUGAACAAUAAAAUCCCAUAUAAGUGAAUGAUA